CUGUCUCUCCCAUCUCUCCUUCUUCUAACACCAAUUCUGAAGAAGGAAGCUUGAGAGACUCUCAAGCAAUGGAGUUUCUUCUCGAACAUCCUCUCUCACAUUCUUCUCUCGACAAUAACUUCAACGACGAAUCAGACGAUUAUUCCUUACCACUUUCUCUCUUCCUCGUCGAAUUUCAGCACAUGCCUUCUUCUCACUACUUCAAUAGCCUCAAGUCCUCUGCUUUUCUUCUCUCUAAUCGAAACCACGCCGUUUCUUCAAUCGUUCAGUAUUCCAGAAAAUUCGACGAUCCAUCUUUGACGUACCUCGCGGUGAAUUAUCUAGACAGGUUCUUAUCCAGCGAAGAUAUGCCGCAAUCAAAGCCUUGGAUUCUCAAGCUUAUAUCUCUUUCUUGUGUCUCUUUGUCUGCCAAAAUGAGAAAGCCAGAUGUAUUUGUCUGUGAUCUUCCGGUGGAAGGUGAGAUAUUUGAUGCUCAGAUGAUAGAGAGAAUGGAGAAUGUGAUUCUAGGAGCUCUUAAAUGGCGAAUGCGCUCUGUUACUCCCUUUUCCUUUUUCGCCUUUUUCAUUAGUCUCUUUGAGCUCAAAGAAGAUUCUUUAGCACUAAAACAUUCCAUCAAAUCUCAAGCUACUGAUCUCACUUUCAAUCUUCAACAUGAUAUCAAGUUCCUCGAGUUUAAACCAUCCGUGAUUGCAGGCGCUGCACUUCUCUUCGUUUCCUCUGAGCUUUGUCCUCUACAGUUUCCAUGUUUCAGUAACAGAAUCAACCAAUGCACAUACGUAAAUAAGGAUGAGUUAAUGGAGUGUUACAAAGCAAUAAAAGAGAGAGAUAUAGUUGAAGAAAACGAAGGAAGCACUGAAACAGCAGUAAAUGUGCUUGAUCAGCAAUUCUCGAGCUGUGAAGAAAGCGAUAAGAGCAUCACAAUCACAGCUUCUUCACCUAAGAGGAGGAAAACAAGUACUCGUCCAUGUUAAGCUGAAAAGGUGGUUUAUGGACAGACAUAAUCACCAACUGAUGCAAUCACUUAGCUACUUGAGAAACCACUUCUGGUCCGCUUUUGUCAGAGAGACCCUUUUUCUCCAUCAAUCUUCUACUUCAAAAUAAGCUAUUCUCUUCAUGGAAAGACAAGAGAGUGAUGAUGAAUGAUCAAAGACGAAAUCUCGGGUUCUGUUCUUCAUUGUUUGGACCACUACACAAAACUCAAAUCUAAAAAAAAAAAAAAAAAAACCAAAAAUCAAUCUGUGGUAUUUAUCUAUCAUGUCCUGUAUUUACAAUUUUAAGUUGUCUCACUUGAGGGGGAAUAAUCAAUAAAUAAGCUAUGGUAAUGUUGCUAUAAUAUGAGCAAU